GAUCACACAGCUUUUUUUCUUACAAGGCUAAUUAUUACAAGGCACAUGUCAGUGAAUCAGCAAGAUCUGGAUCCAGACAGUACUACAGAUAUGGAAGAUGUUACAAAUGCUGAAGAGGAACUUAUUAAAGAAUGUGAAGAAAUGUGGAAUGAUAUGGAAGAAUGUCAGAAAAAAUUAUCACUUGUUGGAACUGAGACACUCACUGAUUCAAAUGCUCAGUCAUCAUUAUUAAUUAUGCAAGCGAAAUGUUUGACUGCUGAACUCAGUCAAUGGCAGAAAGAAAGCCCUGAAAUAAUUCCACUGAAUGAAGAAAUUCUAGUGACAUUAGGAAAAGAAGAGUUCCAAAAAUUGAGACAUGAUCUUGAAUUGGUACUCUCUACUAUUCAAUCAAAGAAUGAAAAGUUAAAGGAAGACUUGGAAAGGGAACAACAGUGGUUUGAUGAACAACAACAGAUACUGGAAUCUCUUAAUGUACUACACAAUGAAUUGAAACAUCAGGUUUUGAUAUUUUCUGAAUCCAGAAUCUUUGGUGAGCUGAAAACUAAAAUGCAUGAUAUAAAAGAAUAUAAGGAGAAGCUCUUGGUUACCUUGGGUGAGUUUCUGGAAGAUCAUUUUCCUCUGCCUGAUAGAAAUGUUAAAAAGAAAAAGAAAAAGAAAAACAUUCAAGAAUCAACUGUACAGCUGAUAACACUGCAUGAAAUGUUAGAGAUUCUUUUAAAUAGGUUAUUUGAUGUUCCACAUGAUCCAUAUGUCAAAAUUAGUGAUUCUUUUUGGCCACCUUAUGUUGAGCUGCUCCUUCGUAAUGGAAUUGCCUUGAGACAUCCAGAAGAUCCAACCCGAAUAAGAUUAGAAGCCUUUCAUCAGUAAAAGAUGGUCUCUUUUUUACAGUACUUAACGAAUCUUGUCAUUUAAGGAUAAUAGAAACACUGAGGAUUUACUUGGAUAAAGAACAUUAUUUGCAAAUCAAAGUACAUAGUCCCUCUUCCUUUUAUCCAUAAAAUGGUAUGUGCCAUCUACUAUUCAUUUAUAAAUGGUUCUUUCAAUUCAGUCAGUGCUUUGGUGUUUUCAACCGUAUGGAAAA